GACAUGAGCGAGGAGGAGCUUUUUCAACAACUUAAUGACAACAUUCGCGCAGAAAUUGCCAUCCACGUCAACUUGGACACACUGAAGAAAGUGAAGAUGUUUGAGCAUUGCGAUCCAGGUUUUCUGCGCGAGCUGGUUUUAAAGUUGAAGCCCAUGUUAUGUUCCCCAGGCGAUUAUGUCUGUCGUCAAGAUGAAAUAGGGCGUGAAAUGUACAUAGUCAAUCAAGGCGAGUUAGCGGUUGUCGACAAGAGGGGAGCACCUUUAGCGAAACUUUCCGCCGGUCGACAUUUUGGAGAAAUAAGUAUUCUUGACAUAAAAGGGAUUGGAAAUCGUCGAACUGCUUCUGUCCGUUCCGUCGGAUUUUCCGAUCUUUUCCGGCUAUCAAAGGCUGAUCUAGAGGAGGUUCUCGCGUUCUACCCAGAGGAGAAAGAACAACUGGCGAAGAUCGCUCGGCAAACGUACGAGAAACAGAGAAGAGAGAGAUUGAAUCAAAAGGUAGACAAUGACAACUUGGACAAAGAUCAAUCGGAUUCCCGCCUUCAGGGCCAUGACCCUCGUAAAUGGCUUGUGGCAGACAAGGAAACUCUUAAGCGUCGCCUGUCACUCAUUGAGGCCAAAAACGAAGUCAGGGCUCUAGCCAGCAGAUUCCGAAGAGAAAACGGUAACUCUACGAAUCCUCGAGAGAUUGUGGCUGCCAUCGCUGAACGAGCGAGACAGGAAAGACCUGAUGAAGAUGCAAGAAAGGUAAUCAAAGAAUUUUUAGCAAAGGACAGAGGAAGUAAAAUCCACAAGCGAAGCACGAUGUCGCACGAAAGCCUUUUGGCAAAUAGAAGCCAUUAUGCUGACAGCGGGCGUGAAAACUGUCUCAACGACGCCUCAGAUGCGGAAAAUUGUGCCAACGAUCAAACGAGAAAAAGUCAAAGAAGGUUUUUCAGUCGACCCCAUUCUCGAACACUGGAGUCUAAACCCGCCUCCCCAACAGGUAACGAUAUUCCAUUGUUGACCUUCAAAGAGAACGAUGGCAUCUUAGAUCAAAAGAGUGGAUCGCAGCCUAAAGAUCAUUCAUCAAAUCCUGUUGCAUUCACACUUAACAGCACUAAAGAAAAAGGUAUAAGGCCUCCUGUUCCUAAAAAAGGAAUAUUAAAGAGAGCCAGCGGAGAAUCAUCAAGCUGGCGAAGCAGCGACUCAAUGGAAACUUCUUUAUCCGCGCUCGAGAACGCGAAGAGCAAUGAAGAAAAUUUGACUCCUUCUGGGCAAAAAAAUUCGACUCGUAGUGAAAAAAAUAUAGAAGAGAAUGCUAAAAUUCCGAAACAAAAGAGCAAGUUUAAAGUGCCAUUUCUGAAGGAACAAAAACAGGAUGACGUAAAAAUACUCUUGGCUACUCCAGAGAAUAGCGAAAUAGUGGAGGACUCACCCAAGUUGGAUCGCGCUGCCAACCGAAUGAAGUUUACGGAAAAGAACCCAUUUACAGAAAUAAAAUUGAUCAGCGAGUUAGAUUUCAUCGCUCCGGAUAAACGUUGUGCAUGUCAACAAGAAGCAGGAACCAAAAAUGAACGACUGUCUCCUAAUUGCCUUGAUUCGGAGUGUCAAUCCGCUGCCCAAAAAAAUUACUCGAGCGCGGGCUCUUGUCCUUCGAUGCCGGCGGUUAUAGAUCCCGGCAAGGGUGACUCAAUGGUAACAAAAUAAUUCCAAUACCCCGGGGAGGUACUCGUAAUGCACUGAGCUGUAGGAACACAAAUAUUUGAUUUGUGCAUGUACCCAUAUUCGUCUCGGUUGAUCAAGGACCAGUCAACAUCUCUCACCCGGGGGGGAAGGGGUCGAAGAGUUUUCGGGGGAAAACAUGAUUUUCAGGGCGGAAUGGGGGGGGGGAGAUCAUUCGUCGCCAACAAAAUGUAACUGGGGUAUUAUAAGAAAUGAGGGGAAUCAUAAGAAUACUACAAACCCUAUGGGAGGAUAAGCUAAAGUUUAUCGUGACACAACCAAAGACCUCCAACGCUACUCACAGGCGAUAGGUAAUAGACUGUCCCCUUGCUACUAAACCUUGGUACUUAAUAUUGUUCAGAUCGUAUGAAAUUUUUGCGUGACUUCAAAAUCAAAUUACAACUCGUAAUUAGGACUGUCUUGUUAUUGUUAUUUAAUUAUAAGAAUUAAAGGAAAAUGAUUCAUUUCCAUUAUUCAUUUUUUACCAUUAUUCAUAAUAUUUAGUGUCGAAACGAGUUCCUGUAGAUUUUGACCGCAGUGUUACAACUUAAUGACAAAAGUCUGAUAAUCUAUCCUAUUUACGUCAAAUGAUUGAAUGCUCCAGUUCUUGGUAAUAUGGUUCUUCAAUUAUCUUUUCACAGGAGGAGAUUUAAGUUUUUAAAACUACAUUAAUUAUUUUAUCGAGUAACACUAAUUCAUUCUGCGCAAAUUCUCUCUGUUUUUAUCAAGUGAAGAAAGGUUUAAAUAUCAUCAUUAAAUACUCUUAAUCUAUUUAUUGUGCGUUGUCUUUAGCAGACAUAAGUUGUGUCCUGUAGGUAACGAGAGGAGACGCGGCACGAAAAUGUCGCUCGGGGAUUCCAAAUAAAUGGAAAUACGCAAGAAAUAACCUCUUCAUGUUUUGCCAAAUUUUAGGACUUUGCAAAAGUUUUCCACCCAUAAUUAUCCAUCCUUUACUAUCUUCAGAAAACCACAGGAGCAAGGUAUUACAGUUAUUAUAACAAUGGCUUGUUUCGUAUAUUUUUACGCGUAUUGAAUUCCAAUGUUUUUUCUUUCCUCGAUAGUAAUGUAGGCAGGUGCAACACUACAGUAAAAAAAAAAUGAAAACAGGUACAUGGUAUCUCUGAAACUAACCACCACUGAUUUAUUUGCACUGAGCGGAAGUCACGUAGAAGACUUCUAAUAAACAAAAGUUGUAUCAGUUGAUACCAAACAAAUAUCCCAUGUUUGCCUCGCAGAUCUAGUCUUAUUAUUGUACAGUUUCACAUCUAAACUCUUUACAAGUAUAUCAGGUAGCUCGGCUACGAUGUCUGACAAAAUUUUGCGCCGAAGAUGGGGUUUCAUUUCUAAGAGCAACUGUGCCCGCCUACAACAUCCAUCACUGUCAAUUUGUUAAAUAAUAUAUUUUUGCUUCACAUCUCCGGUUUAAUUACAAAUGAUUAGCUUAAAUUUCAAGCUUUACUCAUCAAAAUUAUUUGAUAAUAAACUCACAACCAUCCUGUCGCGCACGAUGUCAUUUCAAUGGCCCUUCGCCUUGACCGCAUGAGUAACAAUAAAAUAGAGCGUAGUAAAAAAAAAAAAACAAUCGGGGUAUUCUUUAAUGUAUUCGUUUAGGAAUUUCUUUCUCGAAAACUCUCUAAAGAUCCGUUUGUUUUGAAAAUUCUGCCGGCGAAAACGGAUCAGGUUUCGAAAUAUAAUGAAAACCAGAAAUGUUCCAUUCAUCCUGUCCCUUGAGGUUCUUAUCUGAUUAACUGAGCUUUUCUCUUUAAAUUCGCUGUCAACAUUAUUAUUGGGUUUAUUCACAGUGUUUCGAAUUAAAUCUUUUCACAAACGUCACGGCCACAACAAAGGCACCCGUACGGGUCCAAUGUUGGAGAAAAAGAAUCUUACUAAUUGGGUUUGAAGACCCAAGAAAUGCUUAAAAGG